GCGUGGUGGGUGGAGAUCUUUUUUGUUUAUUUUCGUGGCCAGCGAGCAAGUAAACGCGCUUCUCUCGACGAAGAAAAGUAGGAAAGAUAAUUAGGUUGAAUACAUUGGACAGAAGAACGAGCACGAACUGGACUACUGAUUCAUGUUGUAUUUGGCGGGAUAGUAAUCUCGGGAGCAUUACUACAAACUUGAUGAACGGCUGUUAGCGUAUGUGCUACCAGGCUAGCGCAACUAACCCACACGUAAAACAAUUUACCAAGACAAAGGGCUGAGAAACUCAGUCACACACUACCUACUGCUGUCGGGAUUAACGUUGCUGUGCAGCAGGAUCACAGUUGCUGGAUGUGGUCUGAAUUGGACAACACUAACUUCUCUCUGACAUCUCUACUACACAAAGUGUAGUCGAUACAACUGUAAAGCCUUCGUGAGACUGAUAUCUGAAGAGCAACAUGUCAAUCACAAAUACACCUACGAGCAAUGAUGCCUGUCUAAGUAUUGUGCACAGCCUCAUGUGCCACCGACAGGGAGGAGAGAGUGAAAGCUUUGCUAAACGAGCCAUUGAGAGUCUUGUCAAGAAGCUGAAGGAGAAGAAAGAUGAGCUGGAUUCACUUAUCACUGCCAUCACCACAAAUGGAGCUCAUCCCAGCAAGUGUGUAACCAUACAAAGAACUUUGGAUGGACGUCUGCAGGUUGCGGGACGUAAAGGUUUUCCCCAUGUGGUCUAUGCAAGACUGUGGCGAUGGCCAGAUCUACACAAGAACGAGUUAAAACACGUGAAAUAUUGCCAAUAUGCCUUUGACCUGAAAUGUGACAGUGUUUGUGUCAACCCGUACCACUACGAGAGGGUGGUUUCUCCAGGUAUUGACUUAUCAACACUGACCCUUUCAAAUUCAGGUACAAAGCUUUCCCUUUCCUUGUCAAUGAUUUUAAGGAUGUUCAUCUGUCUUAAUCAUGUCUGUCAUUUUCUGCCAGGUCCGCUCAUCGUAAAAGAUGAGUUUGACUUUGAUAACCAACAGUCUCACUCCAGCUCUGAAAGUCACCUGCAGACAAUCCAGCAUCCACCCACAAGGCCAGUACCUCAAGAGACAUUCAGCAGCCCUGCUCUCCUGCCCCCAUCAGAGGGCAACAAUUCUGCUUCUACUUCUGCUUUCUCUGCCAUCGGGGCUGGACCUUCAAAUCCAACCCCAAACUGGAGUAGAAACAGCAGCUUUAGCUCAGCGGUGCCUCAACACCAGAAUGGACAUCUUCAGCAUCAUCCACCCAUGCCUCACACAGGACAUUAUUGGCCUGUUACCAAUGAAAUUGCAUUCCAGCCUCCCAUAUCCAAUCACCCAGCUCCGGAAUACUGGUGCUCCAUUGCUUACUUCGAGAUGGAUGUUCAGGUUGGGGAGACAUUUAAAGUGCCGUCCACAUGUCCAAUAGUGACUGUGGAUGGCUAUGUGGAUCCAUCAGGAGGGGAUCGCUUCUGCUUGGGCCAACUGAGUAACGUCCACAGGACAGAGAAUAUAGAGAGAGCCAGACUUCACAUUGGCAAAGGCGUGCAGCUAGAGUGUAAAGGUGAAGGAGAUGUGUGGGUGCGCUGUCUGAGCGAUCAUGCAGUGUUUGUGCAGAGCUAUUAUCUGGACAGAGAAGCUGGACGCGCUCCGGGGGACGCUGUUCACAAGAUCUACCCCAGCGCUUACAUCAAGGUGUUUGACUUGCGUCAGUGUCACAGGCAGAUGCAGCAGCAGGCUGCGACCGCUCAGGCAGCAGCUGCAGCUCAGGCAGCAGCCGUGGCUGGAAACAUCCCUGGGCCUGGCUCUGUGGGAGGCAUCGCUCCUGCCAUCAGUUUGUCUGCUGCUGCAGGCAUUGGGGUUGAUGACCUGCGCAGGCUAUGCAUCCUGCGUAUGAGCUUCGUGAAGGGCUGGGGGCCAGACUACCCACGGCAAAGCAUCAAAGAGACGCCCUGCUGGAUUGAGAUCCAUUUACACAGAGCUCUGCAACUACUAGACGAGGUUCUGCACACCAUGCCCAUAGCUGAUCCUCAGCCUCUUGACUGAGUUUUGAAAGACAUGGACUAAGAGGAAAAAAAACUAAAUUAAACUGUACUUUUAACCACUCCACCUGUAUGCUUGGAGUGCGGAAGGACUGCAAUCACAUGGAUUCUGUCUAGGUCUCAGGAGUUAAAACAAAGACCUAAAGGCUGGCAGUGUACUCCAAACACUUUAAAUUGCAGAGCUACGAGCAGUUGCCAGUAUAUGGAGCUAAACUCUAAAUCUGUAAGUUCAGCACCUUCGAUAUGGCUGCAGGAGUUGAUGUAUGCUGGAAAUAUGCCACCAUGAGCAUACAAAUCACAACUGUUUAUCUGAAACUCCAUAAAAUACAACCUGACCAAAGGCUGCAUCUCCAUAAACCUCCAAGAAUGUGUUGAAUCUGUUAAAACCGGCAAUAAUCUUAAUUAGGCAUAGUUUUGUAGGAAACAAGUGCCCAACACGAGGUUACUGAAUAUCAUAAGAAUUCAAUCUGUACAUUUUUGUAUUUACAAUUAAAAGAUAAAAAAAAAAGUAUCAAAGUUUGUUACUUAAAGGAGCUGUAUGUAAGAGCAAUAAUAAAACGAAUCAUAAAAUGACCCCGAUAUGUCAACAGACAUUUAAAAAUCAUGUUCAUUUCAAAUACUUAUGUCACUGACAACAGCAAUCAAGCUAGGAUAUUCCAGUUUAAAAAGAGGAGUUGCAGCCCUCAACUGAUGUUUAUGUUGUCAUUUUUUGUUUUGGCCUGAAGCUCCACCCUCCACCUAUCUCCCAAUCACCAAGUCAGUAUUGUUUCUGAAGCUCCACCCUCCACCUAUCUCCCAAUCACCAAGUCAGUAUUGUUUCGGCAUCUGGGUUGCCAGCUCGGCUCUAAUUAUCGCAGCCAUGGCAGCCUACGUUCCUGCUGCAUUCUGCAGCCUAUCUGGCAACCUCUGGUCGGGGGGAGGAGGGGGAGGGUACACGCCGCUCAACAAUAUUUUGAAAGUGACUGCAGUACCAGUUUUGGACAUUUCUUACAGACGGCUCCUUUAAAGUUUGUGCUUGAAUUACUUACCUCAUGUGUGUAUUUAGCUGGAGUAUACUGCCGGGCUAGUUCUCUAUUUGCUUCCUGUAGUUGGAGUUCUUCCACCUCACAGAUCAGGUCAUUGAUGGGAAACAUAAUGUAGUCAUGUCUGUAAAAUGUAACUUUAAAAAGAAACAAAUCUGUGCUGAACAGUUCUUGUUAGUUUUUGGUUUACACUGAUUUUUUUUUUUUUUUUAAACAGUAUCUGAAAAAAAUGUGUCUCUUUCAGCACCACGAGUAAAUCAGCUAUAACUAGUCAAAAGUUGUUACAUACAGUAAAUGUUUGGAAUUGUGUUCAGAUUUUAACAAUCAAACAUUUUAAUUUAGAAAGUCCACUUCUUUUUACGUCUCCAUUUGCACUUUAAUUUGUAUUUUGCCUUGUUUUAUAGUCUCAUUUGUGGUUACUUGUAUCUCUAAUUUCUUACAUUAGCAGAGGUUUUCUUCCUGCUAACGACCUUAUCAAGAACCAUGAACCUUUGUGCUGUCUGCCCGGUGUCUUGUUUAAUAUCAAACACUGCAGGUUAAAAAAAAAAAAAAGUAUUUAGUUGAGUCUUUGAUACUCAAGGUGGCUUGCAUGUUACAUCAAGAUUAAAUGGAUGACGACCAUACAUUUUAUUUUGUGAAUUAGACACGUAUUAAACACCCAGUAGAUGAUUGAAGUGUAAGCCAUAAUGAUGCCAAAUGAUACUGUCUUAAAUGUCGAAACCUUCCCAGACUGCAGUCAUUUCUGUACAUGUUACAUAGCCUGUAAAAGUUUUGAGUUACUUUUCUGAACAAUUUGUAAACAAAAUUUUGGUACUUAGAGCUCCAUUUACUUCCAGCUGUGGCAGCAUUUUAUACUCUUCUUUUGCUACCUUUGUGGUGAUUAACCAUUCUAGUCAUAAAUUAAAAAAAAAAGAAA